UGACGUCAGAUAGCGGAAGUGUUUCACUCAGUAGGAGCUAGAUCGUAGUACUGUGAACAAACCGAGUAAACAUGCACCUAUCUAGUUGUUAAUUAACUGUCCUGCUGGUCAGUUCGCGAUCUUACAAAGCUGGAAAGUGGGAGCUGAAAGACAAGCGAAAGCAGGAGAACCACCUGGCACGGCAGCAUUAACCUAACGUUAGCUAGUGUCUGCUGCCAAAAUGUUGUCUGAAGGAGGUUCUUUCAUGAAGGGGAUGGUCAUGGGAGGCCUCUUCUGCUUGCUGCUGUCACUCCUAGGUAGUUUCCGCCCUGGCACAGAGUCCAAGACAGAAGACCAUCAUCAUCAUCACGUCAAGGCCCCGAGUAAAGAUGAGCUGACACGCCUCUCUGACAGUCAAGUGCAGGAGUUGAGCAAUCAAGUCCGGGUCUCUUGCGUCAUCAUGGUCCAGCCCAAGGUCCUUGUUUACUGGGCCACUGCAUUGGACACCUGGAGCAAACAUUGUGAUAAGGCUGUGUUUUACACCUCUGAGUCUUCUAAGGCCCUUGAGGCGAUAGACCUGAAUGAAAAAGAUGACUGGGCGAGGUUACGUAAAGCUCUGACGCAUGCUUAUGAGAAUGCCGGAGGCCUGCAGUGGUUCUUUGUGGCACAAGCUACCACGUUUGCAAUCAUUGAGAACCUAAAAUACCUUGUGCUCGCAAAGGAUCCCAGCGAGCCCUUCUACCUGGGCAACGUAAUGAAGUCAGGGGAGCUUGAGUAUGUGACGUAUGAUAGUGGCAUUGUUCUAAGUUAUGAAGCGCUGAAAAGGCUAGUGCAUGUGUUCCAGGAUGAAGACAAAUGUCCAGAAAGAGGACGUGCCCUGUGGAAGAUGAGUGAGGACAAGCAGCUGGCCGUGUGCCUCAAAUAUACAGGUGUCUUCGCAGAGAAUGGAGAAGACGCACACGGAAAAGGCCUGUUCAACAGCAAAGGUGUGAACAGCCUGAUAAGUGAAAGCAUGAAGAACAACCCAAAUAAUGUGGUGGAAGGCUGCUGCUCUGACAUGGCAGUCACAUUCAGUGGGAUGUCACCGAAUCAAAUGCAGGUUAUGAUGUUUGGAGUAUACAGACUUCGUCCUUACGGCCACGAUUUUCAUGACUCUUUAGUAUUCAACCCUCCUGAAAAUUCAGAUAAUGACUAGAGACUCAUUCCUGCAAGAUGGAUGUGGCAUUUUAAAAGUUUUGCUUCUGUGAUGGCAAACCUAACUGUGAGGAGAUGUUUUCUAAUUCUGUUUGUAAAACGGUAUCCUGGAUGGAAAUAUAUAACCCUUUUAUGUAUAUUUUUACCUUUUUCACUUGGCACAAUCAGCACCCUAUUCCUUUGUGGUGUAGGUAAACAUAGUGGAUGAGUGUGCGUCCUUUUGAAUAAAGAUAGAACUGGGGUAUCAAACUUGUGACCUUUGACUAGAUUGUCUGUCUGGAAGUUUUGGGUAUAGGUAUAUGUAUCUUAAAUGUUUGUCAUUUUGUGGUUUUAAAGCUGCAUUCAUUAUCAGGUGAUGCCUAUUGAAAUGACAGGUUUCUGAAAUAAUGCAACUGUUUAAAGUGCUAUGCCAUCUUACUAUAUUAUGAAUAACUUAUUUUUUAUUUCUGAGAAUAAGUCACCCAACUGAUUUGAAGAUUGUAUGGUAGCACCAGUAUUGAGUCAAACACAUGUUGGCCCAGACCAGCUCUAAAUCAAGUGCAUUUCUUGCCACUUUAUGCUUGGUUACCUCCACAUAUGAAGAAUUGGACUUCACAGCAAAAAGGAAAAUAAUAUAACUUAAUGUUGACUUCUGGGUAAUGUAUAUUCAGUAUUUUCUUUUGUCACAUGUUAAAAGAGACACCGAAAACAAAAUAAUUUUCAUUAGAGGUGUCAUUGUUCCACAGAUAUUUUUAAAAACACAUGGCUGUCGGACUGACCAGAUGACUACUUUAAAAAAAGAAGGGACUUUUGGAUAAUAAAAGUGAAUAAAAUUAAUUUCUGAUGAAA